AAAGAAUGAGAAGAAAAGAAGACUUUGAGAUAUAAUCUUGCAUGCAUGCAUGCCUUAAUUCAUUCCUUUUGUGCUUGUUUUGUUUCCUUAUGUAUGACUUGUUGUGUCCAAUCUUCUGUUUCGUCCCAACCAUCUGAUCUGUCCGAGAGAACUCCGAAUUCGUUAAAAUGUCGAAGCACAUUGGCCCCGUUGUUUGUCUCUUGAUCAUGAUGUUGGACAUUGUUGCUGGCAUACUUGGCAUUCAAGCUGAGAUAACUCAAAACAAGGUGAAAAAUCAGAGGGUGUGGAUAUUUGAUUGCAGAGAGCCAAGCCAUGAAGCAUUCAAGCUAGGGUUGGCUGCAUUAGUACUUCUAUGCCUUGCCCACACCAUUGCUAACUUCUUUGGUGGGUGCGUUUGCAUUUGUUCAAAGCAAGAUCUGCAAAGAGCAACAGCUAACAAGCCAUUAGCAGUGGGCUUCCUCAUUUUCUCCUGGAUUAUAUUAGCAAUGGCAUCCACAAUGUUGAUCAUAGGGACACUCGCAAAUUUGAGGUCGAGAAAAACAUGUGCGCUGGCACAUCAUCGUCUUCUGUCAAUAGGAGGAAUUGUGUGCUUCAUUCAUGGAAUCUUCAUGGUUGCCUAUUAUCUCUCUGCCUCAGCCUAUGCUCGUGAAGAUAAAAGAAAGAUGAAUCCCCAAGCUCCCCAUGCAUGAUUUUUUUUUUUUUUUUUUUUUUUUUUUUUUUUUUUUUAAACUCCACAUGUCUUUGAUGGUUGUAAUAUUAUGUUUCACCAUAAAUUUGUAAUCUUCUGUUAUUUUUACUAUUUUUCUCCUCAUAAGAACUAUUUGAAAUUUGUAAUAUGUUCAUGUUCAAUUAAUACUAAAAAGAAAAAUAAAACUUCAAUGAUUA